AUGGCCCAGUCAUUCCCGCAAGUUCCUUAUUUGCCAGAUCCCAAUGGGGAAACUCGGAUUUUCGACUCUUUACGGGAAGGACCCAUGGAAAGAAUCCUUCCAUAUGGAUUUCCCCACAAAUUGGCCUCCGAUAUGGCUUGGAAAGGAGAAAAUAUCUCUAUGAAUUAUUCUUCAGGCACUGACACUCCGUACCUGUUAAUUCUUCAAGCUCCGCAGUUGGACGAGAUAGACGCAGCGCUCAGACACUUCCAACGUCAGCCAGCCACCGUUCUACUUCCUUUCUCCCCGCUCAAGACUGACGAGUAUCUUACAGAUCUGAAUCAGCCAAUAGAGACCUUGGACGCGUCAACGUUUCCUUUGCCGUGCUUGCACCCAAUUCUCCGGUCCGCAUCAAACAAUCUGCAUUCAGGCUAUGGAUUCACACUUAUUCGAGGAGUCCCAGUAGAACGGUAUUGUCGCAAAGAGCUCACGAUCAUCUAUCUCGGGAUCUCUUCCCACAUCGCCGCCAUCCGCGGUCGGCAAGACCAUCAAUUUGAAGGGCGGCCAGCAGACGUGAUGCUGGCCCACAUAACCGACAUGCGACACCCGGGUGACUCGCAGAACUUUUCCCUUCCAGCAUACUCAGACGGCGAAGUGGUAUAUCACACAGAUGUGGGGGAUAUCGUGUCCCUCUUCGUCUUAAGUGAACCCUCAAGUGGCGGUGAAAGUCUGCUUGCGAGUUCGUGGACCGUGUACAAUGCUCUCGCAGAGACCCGCCCCGAUCUGAUCCGCGUAUUAGCGGAGGACUGGCCGAUACCGAGGAUACGAUUUGCUGACGGCCUCACUAGUGCACAAGACCCCAGUCUGAUCAUUCACCGGCCGCUUCUGUUCUACCAACCAGCUUGCGGUACAGCCCCAGAACGGGUGAUCUUGCAGUUCUCUCGACGAUCAUUUUCUGGAUUUGGUUCUCGGACCCAGACGAAUAUGCUCAGCGCCAUCCAGGUGGAGGCACUCGAUGCUCUCCACUUUCUUGCAGAAAGGUUUCAUGUAGCCAUGAAGCUGGAGAGGGGCGAUAUGCAGUUCGUCAAUAACCUAAGCAUGAUACAUGCUCGUAACAGCUAUGUGGAUGGUCCAGACAAUCGCCGUCACUUGCUACGUCUGUGGCUUCGCGAUCCUCAAAACUCGUGGGUGACGCCGGAGCCACUGCGCAACCGUGCCGAUCGGAUUUUUGACGAAGCUUUUCGGAGGGGCCCGCAGGUAUUCCCUCUGGAUCCGAUCGCUAGAUCGGUGGGGAAGGCUGGAAAAGAUUGA